AUGUGCAACAAAUUUGUGGGAAGCUGGAAACUCAUCUCUAGUGAAAAUUUUGAUGAUUACAUGAAGGAAUUGGGAGUGGGAUUGGCCACCAGGAAACUUGGCAACUUGGCAAAACCUAAAGUCAUCAUCAGCAUGAAGGGUGAUGAGAUCACAAUCAAAACGGAAAGCGUCUUUAAAAAUACACAGAUCGCAUUUAAGUUGGGUCAAGAAUUUCAAGAAACCACAGCAGAUGGCAGAAAAACCAGGACUCUUGUAACCUUAGAAAAAGGUGCACUGGUUCAAGUGCAGAAAUGGAAUGGCAAGGAAUCGACAAUAAGGAGGAAACUAGUAGAUGGGAGAAUGGUGGUGGUAAGUUGCUCUUUUUAA